AUGAACGCAGUUGCAAGUAGACACUCCUCUUUCACAGGAGUGGCCUGCGAUGGUGAUGAUUCAUAUCGAGGCGUGGCCUCCAGCCGCCAGGCAUCUGUGUAUCCUGCUCCCAUGCAAUCCAGGAGCCCUUCUCCCAGUGCAUCUUCGACGCAAUCUAUGCGAAAUAAUAAUUAUCCCAACGCGGGAAUAUACUCGCCUACCGCAGCUGCUCCCUCCGGCAGCUUCAUUUUCCGCUCGUUCAAGCCAGCUAAUUCAGGCUCCAAAGAACCAUUCCUAUGCUCAAGGUCAUUGCCACAGGAAGUCUAUGACUGCAUCCUCUCACAUCUGCAAUGUUCUCACCUAGCUCCCCAUUGCCAGGGGUGUAUAACAUGCUAUAUGCGAGAUUUAUAUUCCCUAGCAUUAACGAGCAGAGCUUGGGAAAAAGCCGUGAGGGGUAAACUAUAUAACAAAAUCUAUAUCCAAGGUAACGACUCGCCCGCUCAACUCAAGAAAUACAAGUGGAAAAGAGGAAGUAGAUUAAGAUUGCUGCGACGAUCUUUGAGAGAAAGAAAGUUGCUGGCCAAUGCAGUGUUUGAGCUUAGGGUGCCUGAUCUGGAGACGGCAAUGGGGGGAAAUGGAAAACAAAGCAUUACCGCACAGGAAUAUCGGGACCUUGUGGCAUCAGUCGUGAUGGUGUGCCCGAACUUGGAACGCCUAGUCGGACUUUCGUUGCCCUAUAACCACGAGUUUGACCGCUUGACACACGCUCUUUCAACGCGAAAGAAACUCAAGGAGCACGCGUGGAUCUUUGCGGGCAACCCCGAAACCAGCGAACGGUCAAAGAAUCAAUCUGCCCAAAUUUUAGAUAAUGAACAAGUUUUCCAGUUCCUCAACUACCACGCUUCAUGGUCUAACCUCGACACCCUCAUGGUACAUUCUUUGGAUUCUAGUGGAGUAGUGGGACAUGGCAUAUUCCUACGGAUACUCAACUUCCUACCAUCCUUACGUCAUUUGACAGUUUGCGGUUUCCAAGCUGAUGAUUUUACACACCGUACAUUAUUAUUUUUGCCUCAGUUGAUCUCGCUCCGUCUCGAGAAUCUCCCAGGAUUGACGCAGCACGGACUGGCCCAUUAUUCAACUCGUCCAGAGGCUCGCGCCCUCAAGUCAUUAACCUUAGUAGAACUGAACAUUAGCUCUCUCUUGAUAAUUUCUAAGAUUCUUGCGUCUUUGAGAAGACUCGAACGCUUCAGCAUUGUCCAGACCAAGACUGUGCCGAUACUUUCUGAUGGAGGGAUGAUAUUCCAACCAUUACUCGCUUCAUCAACCUUGAAGCACCUCCAUUGGGAUGUGGCAUGUUCAGAUACGAAUGGUUCUCUAACUGAUUUUCACUCUUUCCCACCCCUGUCAUCGCUCAGCAAAUCCAACACGGCAAACUCCCAUCUCGCUCAGAGCAUCUUGAAUUCGGGGUUUCCGUGCUUGGAGUCUCUCCGUGCACCUCAUGACGUGGAACCCCUUGGGGCGUUGCAGGCCGUUUGCCGGCCCGCGCGAAACGGCCAGAUCAUGGUGCCCGCAGACCGCUAUUCCCUCCCACGAAGCUCGCAUGGUUCAAUCCCAAAGCGACCUCUAGCACUCCCAAGUGGAAACAACUUAACUUCGGCGCGCAUACGCGGCCAAACACUUAUCGACAAGGCUGCUAAAAGCAACGAAACGGGUAUUAGGGUUGUUGUUAGUGAUCACUCAGGGGCGUUCAAGCUACCAACACCAUCCACAUUUUCCGACCUUACUUCCGAACCAGGACCGGGUGAUACAUAUGACGUAUUGGCCCCAUCAACAAAUAAAGAAUUUAUUCCUUCAUCUGAGCGAGAUUCACAUGGCAUUACUGUGCAUGAAUUUACCAUUCCAUUGUGCAUCGGACGAGUGUGCACAUCAUCAAGCACAACGGUGGCUGCACCGCCCCCCCGUUUUAUACUCACCCCUGACAUCCCCGGCUCAGACGCUGAUGGCGGUUUAAUAAGCUGGCGUCAUUACUUGUCCUCAAACCAAACGCCAGCAUACUUGACCGCUGCAGGAACAAAUGCUGCAGCAUCAUCACCAUCUUCCACCGACAGAAGAAAUACCGGGUCGAGCAUGAAUGAUGACACAUCAACUCCCUCAUCGUCCCCAUCUUCAUCUCUAUUCAGCUCCUGGGGCACUGGUGGCAGUUCCGGACACAACAAUUCAAAUCAUAAAUUAAGGCAGCCAUUAUCUCCGCGUACGCCAGACCCCUUGUCUCCGACGUUGCAGAUGAGCGGUUCCCAAACUACCACGGGAAUCGGUGUCGGCUCUGGCGCUUGGUCAGGCCAGCCGUUUUGGACCACUAGAGAGACCUGCGACGGAUCCUGGAAUCGGAGGCAUAAGUUGGGAAAGGAUUGGUGGUGGCAUGUCGAGCGUGACAGACCAUUAACAAACAAUGUCUCGGCAGAUAUAGUGAGGCUUGAACAAUUAUUUUGA